CCGAGGAAACCACCGCCGCUCAUCAGCUGAUCAUGUUGCCGUAAAGGGGUCAGGGAUUUAAUCAGAAUUUCAACCAGUCGGAAAAAAACAACUAUUAAAUCACACAUACGCGUUAUGGUAAAUGCUUUCCAAAACCCGACUGUUGAUCCGAAGAAAGCAAUAAGGCCCAAAAUAGCGUGCCAUUGGUGUCUCAUUGGUCCUCACAGCUGGGAAUCGAGGAGUGAGUGUGGUGUGCCAAGAAGAUGCUGGUUGUCCGGAGACUUGCAUAUAGCCCAUGUUCGGCCCGAUGCCUUGCAACGGUUGCACAGGAGGUCACAUCCAAGAUUGUCGAGGGCCCCCUGGCCAUGUACGAGGGCAGAGUGGAAAGCAAGCAACUAAUAUACGAUCCUUACCAAAAAAAUAUUGUAGAGGAGUUGCAGAGAUGUUAUGAAGAACUUGGCACCUACACACCACCACCACCUCCCGGACUUUUUAGAAAGUUCCUCGGAUGGCAGAACAAGGUGAUUCCACCAAAGGGAGUGUACAUCUGGGGGAAAGUAGGCACGGGGAAAACAAUGCUUAUGGAUCUCCUGUAUGAAUGUGUUCCGGGUGAUAAGAAGAAGAGGGUUCAUUUUAACAAGUUCAUGGUUGAUGUGCACAAACGGAUACACUUAGAAAAGAAAAAAACGAAGAAGAUUCACGCUCCUGACCAGGCUCGGUACUUUGAACCUGACGGCACUUACACUAUUAGGCUCAGGCCAGACGAUCCAAUACCCCCUGUUGCAAGAUCAAUUGCUGAUGAAGCAUGGCUAAUCUGUUUUGAUGAAUUCCAGGUAACAGACAUUGGCGAUGCAAUGGUUCUGAAGAGACUGUUCACCGAACUUUUCAACUCCGGCAUAAUUGUUGUGGCAACAAGCAACAGACACCCAGAUGACCUCUAUAAGAAUGGUCUCCAAAGAUCACAUUUUCUUCCUUUUAUCCCUAUAUUAAAAUCACACUGUGAGGUGAUCAACUUAGACUCAGGAAUCGAUUAUCGAACAAAAAAUCUUCCAGACUCUCAGAAGGUUUUCUUUGUUAAAUCCGAGUGUGAUGCAGAUGCUGAAAUUAAACUGUUAUUCAAGAUUAUGAUCUCAGAAGAGACGGAUAUCGUUCGGCCUCGCACCCUAACUUACAGCGGGAGGAAUGUUACGUUUGAGAAGACAUGCGGUGGUGUGUUGCACAGUACUUUUGAAGAAUUAUGCAACAGACCACUGGGUGCUGAAGAUUACAUCCAAAUCUGUCAUGUUUUCCAUACCAUCUUCAUCCAAGACAUUCCUGUUUUGAAUCAGCGUUCUAAAGGACAAGCUAGAAGAUUUAUAACUCUAAUUGAUACUUUGUACGAUUACAAGGUAAGGAUUGUGUGCACAAGUGAUGUCCCCCACACACAAAUCUUCAGGGGCGAUGAAGGGCAUUCAGAAUUUGUGGACAAGGAAAGUCUUUCCCUAAUGGAUGAUUUAGGGCUCAAGGAGAAGAAUGCAGCGACGAAAGCCAUGAGCAUCUUCACUGGAGAGGAGGAGAUGUUUGCCUUUGAUCGCACUGUUUCAAGACUGACACAGAUGAUGACUAAAAGUUAUUGGCAAGAAUACUACUCUGAAAUGCGUUGAACCUCAUAAAUUGACUAAUAGUUUCUUUUAAAUACUAGUAUUUAAUGUAGAAAAGUUAAGGAUUAUAUGUAUAGAACAUAUAUUUUUUGAUGAAAAUAAGAUAAAUAUAUUAUGCAUCCUUACAAUUCAUAUAGGUUAUGUGUUAACUGUUAGGAACAAAAAACAAAACAUAAUGUAACAACUACAUUGUAUAUAUAUUUCAAUAUUCAUCUUUCAUUAUAGUUCUUAUAUUUUUACUUCAUUGUAAUUUGAUAGUAAAGCUUUUUAAUCAACUUUCAAUAUUUCAUAAAUUGAUAUAUUAAAUAGUUUUAAAAAGCAAUGCACAUAAACCUCAAUUUUCUGUAUUUUUGUUUGUAAAACUGUUAAUUGCCAUAAGCAUUUAACUUGGCUAAGAAGAAGAAAAAAAAAAUGCACCAAAAGUUAUUAUGAAAUAUUUUAGUGUUAUUUUUAUUGUGUAUUUAUUAUUUCAAAGUCCUGUAAUGUGCCGAAGAAACCCCCCUCCCCCCCCUUUUCUAAAAAGUUAAGUUUGAAUAAUUAAAAAAGUAUACCUCCAUGAUGGUCUUCCUAAACUUGAACAUACAAAAAGAAAAGAAAAAAAUCUAACAUUUCACAAAGCAUUUUAAAAGGUUGAGAAAAUCGUUUGCUCAAAUACAAACAAACAACUAUGCAAUAUGUAAAAGAUGCAUUUCUUCUCCAAUUUUUUUAUUUCAUGUAAUACAAAUAGUUGGUAUUUUACAGAACCUGUAAUUUUAUUUUUCAACAAUAAUUGUUAGUCUGGUAUAUUGUGAUUAUGAAAAUAACAUAACUUUUGUACCAGAUUUGAGAAAGAAAUAGGUCUAUUAUCCCAUUUCUUCUGGGGCAUAAAACAAAUUCAUAUAUGGGGUUGUGUGUUGACUAUGUAAAUAUUAAAAACAAAUAAAUAAUAUCUACAUUC